AUGAAGAGGGCUGCCAACGCCCUGUUGAAGAAGGCUAUCACUAGUCAGCCACUGCGUCGAGCAUUUGCACAUGAGGCAGGAGCUCCCGUUGUCAAUGGAAUCGGAUUCAAUCUGACUGAAGAGCAAAAGGAACUGCAAGAUUUAGCGAGAAAGUUUACAGCUCAGGAAAUCAUUCCAAAGGCAAGUAUGAAUGUUGGACAUUUGGAGAUUGCAGCACACCACGAUCGCACCGGUGAAUACCCAACCGAAAUUAUCAAAAAGGGAUUCGAAGUUGGUCUCUUGAAUCUUCACAUUCCAGAGGCAUACGGAGGACCUGGUCUUGGUGUAUUUGAUUGCUCGCUCGUUUCAGAAGAGUUGGCAUAUGGAUGUACUGCUAUACAGACUGCUUUUGAAGCUAAUGGACUUGCUCAAGCACCGGUGAUUCUAGCUGCCAAUGAAUUCCAAAAGAAGAAGUAUCUCGGAAGGAUGACUGACGAGCCGCUUAUGUGUGCUUACUGUGUUACAGAGCCACAGGCUGGGUCUGAUGUUGCUGGUGCACUGACCAAGGCUGUGAAGAAGGGGAACUCGUGGUCCAUUACGGGAAACAAGAUGUGGAUCACCAAUGGUGGAAAAGCCAAUUGGUAUUUCGUCCUAGCCAAAACAGAUAUGAAGGCAUCUGCUGGAAAGGCAUUUACUGGGUUUAUUGUUGAUGCUAAUUCACCUGGUAUAACUGUUGGAAAGAAGGAACUCAAUAUGGGACAACGAGCAUCAGAUACCCGUGGAAUCUCAUUCGAAGAUGUAGAAGUACCGGAUGAAAACAGAUUGGGCGAGGUUGGCCAGGGUUUCAAGAUUGCUAUGGGAGCUUUUGAUACGACCCGUCCGUUGGUCGCUGCAGCAGCGGUGGGCUUGGGUCGUCGAGCCAUGGAUGAGGCCACAAAGUACGCCCUUGAACGCAAAACAAUGGGCAAACCUAUCGCUGAGCACCAAGCUAUCGCAUUCAUGCUAGCAGACAUGGCAAUUGGUAUAGAAUCAGCCCGCAUGAUGGUGUGGAAAUCCGCAUGGCUGCGAGAUGCUGGUCAAAAGAAUACGUAUUAUGCAUCCAUUGCAAAGGCACUCGCAUCCGAAGUCGCCAACAAGAGUGCGGCUGAUGCAGUUCAGAUCUUUGGUGGGAAUGGGUUUAAUUCUGAAUACCCAGUGGAGAAGCUGAUGCGUGAUGCCAAGAUAUUCAUGAUUUAUGAAGGCACCUCGCAAGUGCAGCGACUUAUUAUAAGUCGUGCGAUGUUGGAUGCGGCAAAGUCAUGA